GUCGUCCCCACUUCAAGUGGUCUUCUUCAUGGAGUCUUCCACUUUCCUUUGAGGUUCAAGCUUUCUCAGCUUUUCUUUAGUGCUCUUUCCCCUGAACCACUUCUUUCGCGCCCCUUUCGUCCUUCUGCCCAAUAAAAACUCAAUUUUUAUUAUUUUUGGGAGCAGUUAAGCCGAUGAUUUCACAGACUGCGAUCAAGUUUCAUCAUUCGUUUUUUAAAAUCUCCCUCGAAUGCGACUAGCAAACGAGAUUUUAGGUUGAACAAGAUUUCAGAGAUCCUUUUCUGUUUAUAGGAGUCAGAAAAUCAGGAUGGUGGUUGAGAAGGGAUUCGCUGAACAGGAAAAGGACAGGAAGGAAAGAUGUAUUUUUGUUGGGUUUCGAAUUGAUGGUGAUGGAAGAAAAUUGCUCGGUUGGGCUCUCGCAAAUAUCGCCAAAGAAGGAGAUUGUGUAAUGGCCGUCAAUGUUUCCCCGAAUCAUCCAGAAAUAAGCAGAACUCCAACGCUUACUUUGUUCAGAAUCUUGAACGAGUUCAUGGAAGACCAUGAGGAUCUCUGUACUAGGAAGAAGAUAAUUCUUGGAGGCCGCAUGGCCCGGGGGAGCUCAGUUAAGAGAAUCUUGGUGAAAGAAGCUGAGUUUUGUGCAGCUAAGACAGUUGUUCUUGGAGCAAGCAAGAACUUCUCUUUUGGGUUCUCAGCAUCUGUGGCUAAGUAUUGUGCCAAGAAACUCCCUUCAACUGUUUCUGUAAUUGCAGUUCAUAAAGAGCAAAUAAUCUUCGAAAGGGCGCCAAAUCAACCGAAACCAAUUUCAGGAGUACAAGGGAAGCAAAACCUUCAAAGUUUCUUGCAUCCAAGAAUUGGUAUGGAUACUAAACUCACAGCUCCAACUUCAGCUCGAAUAUUAUCAGAUGAAAGAAAGAAAGUUGCAAAGAAAUCUAUGAAAGAAUCGAAGGAUUACUGCCUUAUUUCUUAUGAUAAGAUGAGAAAAAGUAGCAGAAAUUCAGUUUCAGCUUUGUCAAGAAAGUUGCCUGAACCGAAGCCUGGUUGGCCGCUACUGUGCAAAUCUGUCACAUCCAUUGAAGCUUUGAAGGACAGUGAUGAGAGGAAAAUGUCUGUAGUCCAAUGGGUGAUGAACCUGCCAGAUAGGUCUUUCUCUUCUAUAAAACCACAGGUUAAUCUGAUUAAGGAGUUGGAGAUAAUUGUGGCACUAAAUUCUUCAACUUUCAAAUUUUUAAAGUACGAGGAACUGCAAUAUUCUACUAAUUACUUCUCAACAGAAAAUUUGAUAGGCAAAGGAGGAAAUAGCAAAGUUUAUAUUGGUUGUCUUCCAAAUGGUCAUCAAGUGGCUAUUAAAGUAUCAAAAUUUUCUGAAAAAUCAUCAAGAGAUUUUCUUCUUGAGGUAGAUAUCAUCACAAGGCUUCAGCAUAAGCACGUCAUGUCGUUAAUCGGUAUCUGUGUUGAAGACAGCAAUCCUAUCUCUGUUUACUCUUUCUUCUCAAGAGGAAGUCUUGAAGAGAACCUCCAUGGUAAACGAGCCAAGACUCCACUAGAUUGGGAUAUGAGGUUUAAGGUGGCAGUUGGAGUUGCUGAAGCUUUAAACUAUCUGCAUAAUGGCUGCCCAAGGCCUGUGAUUCAUAGAGAUGUCAAGUCUUCCAACAUUCUUCUUUCUGAUGAAUGUGAACCAGUGUUAUCUGAUUUUGGUUUGGCCAUAUGGGGACCCACUUCUUCACCAUACCUAACUCAUGGUGAUGUGGUUGGAACUUUUGGAUAUAUAGCUCCUGAAUACUUUAUGUAUGGAAAGGUCAGCAUCAAGAUUGAUGUUUAUGCCUUUGGUGUAGUUCUACUUGAACUCCUAACAGGUAGAAAGCCAAUCAAUGAUGAAAGCCCAAAGGGGUUGGAGAGUUUGGUCAUUUGGGCCACGCCAAUAUUAGAGAGAGGAGAUUUUAUGGAGCUAUUAGAUCCCAAUCUUGAUGGAAAAUAUGAGGAGAACCAGAUGAAAAGAAUGAUUUUCGCUGCGUCGCUCUGUAUCAGAAGAUCGGCUCGUUGCCGUCCUCAGAUGAAUCAGAUAUUGGAGAUUCUUGAAGGGGAACAAGAGAUUGAGCCAUGGAUGGGCUCAAAUGUUAGCAAUCUCACUGAGCAAGAUUGCCAUGAUGAAGAAGCCUAUCCUUCAUCAAGCAUGGAAUCACAUCUUGACCUUGCAUUGCUUGAUGCAGAUGAUGAUGCUUCAGUGAUUAGCUUUGAACAGAACCAUUUAAACUCUUUGGAUGAAUAUCUUCAAGACAGAUGGAGCCAUUCUUCAAGCUUUGACUAGCUUCUUUUGUCAAGUGUUGGGGGGCUAGAUUUUUCAUAAUUGUGUGGCAUUUUGAAGUUUUUUUCUUACUUGAAUUUGUACAGUGCAGAAUAGUAUCUCUUUGAGCUGGAUGGCCAAGAGCAACCAUAGGUUAGAAGAGGUAUUGAGAAUAAUACAAGCUUGAAUAAAAAUAAUAUUCUUUUUUUUUU